CUGGUCCACUUGCAGACAUAACCUCCAAAUAACGCGUUUCCCACUUUCCCGUUGUGAUUCUCUGUUUACAUCGCGCACGAGAGUGAAUAAAGUUUCGAGCAAGGCGGUGGCCGUUACAAUGGCACAGGAGGAUUCGUGGGACGCCGUGAAGCAGGCGGCCGAAAAGAAUAGGCACGAGCUGGUGCUGUCGGGCCCGUCGGUGUCCGAACUGAUCGAGACGUCCGGCAUCGACAGGAACCUGUUUAACCUCCAUGGCUUGAAUUACCUCAGUAUAACGCACACGCGUCUACAGGAGGUGCCGGACGAGAUUGAGAAGCUGACGAAUCUCACGACCCUGGUGUUACAUUCGAACGAGAUUGCCACGCUACCGGACGCGAUCGCCAAGCUGGCCAAGCUGAAGGUGCUCGACUGCUCGAGGAACAAGCUGACGUCUUUCCCGCAGGUGCUCGGCACGCAUCCUCAACUGAGCACGUUGAACCUCGCCUCGAACCAGCUGCGAGACGUGCCGUCGCUGAACCUGUGCACGAAACUGAGCAUCCUAGACCUGUCGAACAAUCAGCUCGUAGCCUUCCCUGACGUUUGUUACGCGGAACUCGUGCAUCUGUCGGAGAUCUACGUCAACGGGAAUCAGAUAGCGGAAAUUCCAGCUGCUAUAAACCGACUGCAAGGAUUGAAGGUCCUAAAUAUGGGAGAUAACUCGAUUUCUGUUGUGCCAAGUGAAUUAGCAGAUUGUAGUAAACUGAAGGAGGUGUAUCUGAAGGGGAAUAAAUUGACGGACAGGAGACUGGCCAAAUUGAUUAACCAAUGUUCCACGAAGCAAGUACUCGAUUACGUGAAGUCGCACUGUCCGAGGAGCGAACUGUCUAUGGCAGAGGCUAACGCAUCAAAGAAGGGCAAGAAGGGCCAUAAGGUUUCAGAGAGCGAAAACCUGGACAGUUUGGUGCAUAAAUUAAAAGUCCUGAAGGUAGUGGACGAUACCCUGGUGAUAAAAGUUACAGAUAAUGUGAAGAGUGUUAGGCCCUACAUAGCCGCAUGCAUCGUGAAAAAUAUGAGCUUCACAGAGGAGAGCUUCAAAAAGUUUAUACAGCUGCAGACGAGAUUACAUGAUGGGAUAUGCGAGAAAAGGAACGCGGCUACAAUAGCGACUCAUGAUUUGAAACUACUUGUACCUGGGGAUCUCACGUAUACGGCAAAGCCACCCACGGAAUUGGAGAUACAGCCCCUGAUGCACAACAAGACUUACACUGGUACGGAACUAUUCCAGAAAUUGCAAACGGAAGCUGAUAAUCUACGUAAGGAAAAGAAGCGAAAUGUGUAUUCUGGAAUACACAAGUAUUUGUACAUGCUAGAGGGCAAACCUUUGUUCCCAUGCCUAUUGGAUGAGUUGCAGCAGGUUAUCUCGUUUCCGCCCAUCACAAACAGUGAUAUAACGAAAAUGUCAAUAUUCACCCAAGCGAUGCUCGUGGAGGUGACGAGUCCAAUAUCGUACACCAUCUGCAGGAAUGUGCUGGACCAAUUCUUGAAGGAAUUGAUAAUCUCGGGUCUCACCGAUUCCGCGGAACCGAAGGACACGGACAGCAAGUGCAACAGUUUGACAGUUCAACAGGUCAAAGUGGUCGACACCCAGGGAAACCUAAAGUUGGUGUACCCUUCCAGAGCGGAUUUAAAUCUCAGCGAACAGCUUGUCGUUGUUUCGCGAGAAUAAAGAGAAUAACGUUAGGAAUGGGGAAGGUAUUAGAUUGCGCAUUAAAGAUCGAGGAUUGCGAAUUGAAGAAUCCAUUUUAUUUUACUCUCCAAUUCGUAGUUUUCAAUUUUCUAUGCAUAAGCUGAUACGCUUAAUUCGAGUUUCUGUCCAAUCCGCUCAAAAAUUUUAAUUUUUUUUUUUCACAAGAA